UUUGAAAACAGAAAUGGCUGAAGUCCGAGCUGUGUUGCAGCGCUGUGAUCCGGAUCUGCUGGACCCCCGCGCAGACUCGGAGCAGCCGGACUCUGCUGAAGCAGCCAGGAUGGUCGUCUACCUCACGGACAGUCGUCGUGUUCAGAAGGUUUUGUGGCGUCAGCUGUUCGUCCUUGACUCCAUGAUGUCUCUACUGGAGGGUCUGGAGUCUGCCCAGCAACUGAUGACACAGCCCUGCCCCCCCCAGCCUGAGGGCGGGGCUCGGGGCAGGUGGAAGGCUCUGAAGGUGAAGAGCAGGUCGGAGGUGGAGGAGACGGAGAUUCUGCUCAGGUCACUGCAGGACAGAGUCCAACAGAUCCACAACAGACGACACACACUCACACAGCUGGUCCAACAGCUGCACAGCAAGAAGCAGCAGUGUGAACAGCUGGAGGAGUCUCUGCUCAAGGCCCAGAAUGCAUUGCAAUCAUGUGAUCGUCAGCUGAUCCAGCUGAGGGCGGAGUCAGAGGCGGUGCUCCGUCAACUGAUCAGUUGGCAGCAACUCAGAGACGAGCUGCAGGUGUAUGUCUCCGCUGCACAGGGCGUCAUGCAGAUCAACCUGCUCUCCUUCAACCAAUCAGAGCUGUGUGUGGAGCUCAGGCCACGCCUCUCCUCUGAUCUUUCAUCCAAUGAGUUGGAGCCGCUGAAGCUAUCAGUCACCUGGAGCCAUGACGACCGCUUCAGACUGCAGGUGAGUGAGGGGACGGCCGGUCUGGUGGAGGACUGUCUGUCGGGCCGUCGGGCGGAGCUGAGCGCCGCCCUGCUGGAGGUGAUGCAGUGUUACGUGGGUCAGGCUGAGCUGCUGUCAGAGAUCCAGACCCUGAGAUCCAGUUUUGCCAUCGACUGGCGUCCUGCACAGCGCCUGCUGAUCUACCUGAAGUCUGCGUUGCUGGUGUGUCACCUGGAGGUGGAGGAGGGGUACCCGAGCAGCGGACGAGCCCGCCUGCUGUCGGUACGCAGGGACGGACAACAUGUGGACACAUCUGGACUGAAGACUCAUAAACCUGACCUCAGUCUGACUGACUGGUUGGUUCUUCUCUGCAGCAGUCCUCUCAUCUGAUGGGCGCUCUUCAUUUCUUCUUCUUCUUUUGUCACUUUUACUUUUGAUCGUCCCUCAGGUGUCCACCAGGUGUGACUCUCUCACCUGUUCUUCUGUUUGUUUACUGUUGUUGUUCUCACCUCAGUAUUUGUGUUUUAUAUGAUGUCAUUGUACAAAACAUCAAAGUGUAAAUAAAGUUUUCCCACCAUGAAAAACCAGGCGUGUUGGCCGUGACAUCACAAGGCCAAAAACGAAUUAAACCUUUUUUAAUUAAACAAAAUAAAAACUGCU